AUGUCUUCAGCUUCAUAUACCACGAAACAAUGGGUGCUCGCAUCCAAGCCCACCGGCUUACCAAUUCUAGAAGGUCCAGAAGCCACGUUCAAGCUGGAGACGGUCACUCUACCAAAGCUCGGAGAUGGGCAGCUGCUUUGCAAAGUCCUCUAUUUCUCCAACGACACGGGUCUGCGGAACUUCAUUCAGAGCACCGUGGCACCUGAGCGGUUCUAUGUACCAACCGUGCCUGUCGGGUCUCCCAUGCGCUCGGGCAUCAUCGCCGAGGUAAUCGAGUCGGCCUCCGCCGGCUAUGAGGCUGGCGAUCAGGUCAUGGACUUCCACUUGGGGACCUGGAGUGAGCUCGUCGUUCUCAACUCGGUCACGGCGCAGAAGCUGCAGCCCCUGCCGGCCGGUCUGGCUUUUACUCACUGGCUUGGAGCUUUUGGGGCGUCAGGUCUGGCGGCGUAUGGCGGCCUGUACUACACUGGUGGCGCGAAGCCGGAGCACACCAUUGUCGUUUCGGCGGCUGCCGGGGCCACUGGCUCGAUGGCAGUCCAGAUUGCGGCCAAGCUUCUAGGCGCCAAGCGCGUUGUCGGCAUAGCGGGCUCGGACGAGAAAUGUGCCUGGGUCGUGGAGCAGCUUGGAGCACACGCGUGUGUCAACUACAAGAGCGCAACUUUCGUGCAGGACCUGAAGGCCGCCACCCCGGAUGAGGUCGAUGUGUAUUUCGACAACGUCGGCGGAGAUGUCUUGGAUGCCAUGUUGACGCGUAUGAAGAGAGACGGAACGGUGGCCGUCUGCGGUGCUGUGAGUGGCUACAACUCAGCCGAGCCUAUGGCUUUACGCAAUUGGUUCGAGGUUAUUUCGAUGAGAAUCAAUAUCAAAGGUUUCAUCAUGCUGGACUGGCUCGACAAGGCCCCGGCCAUCCUCGGCGAGCUCAUUGGCGCAGCCGCAGAUGGUAGGAUUAAGCUGCAGGAUGGAGAGACUGUGGUCGAGGCAAAUAUCGAACAGCAACCUGAAGUUUGGAUGCGCUUGUUCAACGGCGGCAAUCAGGGAAAGCUUAUAACAAAGCUGAUCGUGUAG